GCGCAGUCUAUUUCUUAUACGUCUAUGGUCUGCAUGUGAUCGCACCCUAAGAGUGUCAAAAAGCCUGGCUGGUCUGGAGCACGUGGAACCCCAAUUGAGACAUGUCGAAAAUAAUCGAGUCGCUGCAGAACUUGAGCGUUGAGAACGACAAGAAAUCAAACAAACAAGUAAAUGGAAAAACCUGCAGGAAAAAAGAGCUGAUACUGUCGAUGGAAGAAUCGGUGUCGUCCGAGGAAAAUUAUAUUCUCUCUGUCUGUGGAACGCAAAGCGAGUCAGAGUUUAGAAUCGGAGCAGCCUUGUCAGAUUAUUCUUGUGUGGUAUAUUCUGUUGGUCAAUUUUUAAAUCGAAUACUUACACUAAACCAGAGUCAAGCACCAGUUGUGGGAAUUAAAUUUAGUUCUACUUCCAGAAAUAUAUUAUAUAUUGCUACCAAUGAUGGACAUAUUACAGCAUGUGACAUGCGCGCUAAGGGAAAAGUUGUGGCAGAAUUUGAAGAUAGUACAGAAGGUGGAAAGACAAAACCUUUGGCUAGCUUUGACAUUAGCUCUGAUGAAAAGCUCAUAGCUGGUGGCACGGAGCACAUAGGUGGUGAUGCAUUUAUCCUGUUCUGGGACAUAAGACAUACCAAUUCAAAGAUAAAAAGUAAAAAUAAUCUUCUUGGUGGGUACUGGGAAUCCCACAUGGACGACAUCACUUAUCUAACUUUUCAUCCUACCAAACGUGAUGUCCUCGCAUCUGGCAGUACAGAUGGUCUGAUAAAUGUAUUUGAUCUCACCCAAUCCUCAGAAGAUUUAGCCUUAACGUACUCAUUAAAUACAGAGUCAUCUGUGGAUAGGAUAGGUUGGUUAACGGAUCAAUCUUUAUGGUGUACAACGCAUACACACGCACUGCAAUUAUGGAAUUGCGAGGAUGCCAGUGCGUACGCGACAUUUGAACGUGAUAAUUUAUCUUUGUCACAGAACGAUGAUUCUGAUAGUUGUUACUUAGUAAGGGUCCACAAUACAAGUGUCUUUGGACAACCUUUUCUGCUAGCCGGUUGUAGCACGCUUAAAGGGGAGAAGUUAAGAUGCUUAAGCAUUACGAAUAAUCAGUUGGAAACGUGUUACGAAAUCGUGGGAAACAAACAAAUAGUACGUGAUAGUUGGUUGCAUGAAAAGAGUGGUCGUUUAGUGACGGUCGGCGAAGGAGGUAUUAUUAAUAUUUGGCUACAAGCGGAAUUAACGCCAACGGAACAAAACUUGAAUCAUGAAUUGUUAACUAAAAUCGGCACCGGAAAAGAUCGCGACCGACAUCACAGAAUUAAACCUUAUUAAAAAAAAAAAAAAAAAAAAAACCGAAAUUGUAAUUGUAAUUUAAUUUAAGAGAUUUGAUAAUGAAAGAAUUUUUGUAAGAAAUGCAUGUACAUUAGAAUUAAGACAGAAAACGUCAAUCGAAGAGAGUCAUAAUUGUAUAUUUUCUUCAUAUUUUUCUUUUAAUACAAUAACAGUUUGUAUGUACAUUUAUAAUAAAUAAGUAUUGUUUGUUUAUGUGAUUAUUCAACGACGAGUCAAUAUAUCGAUUUAAAAAAAUGCGUUUUACGGGUUUAUACUUCCGUGAUAGAUACUAAGGAAUGUAAACAUCUCAUUGUAACCGCAAAUACUCAUAGAAACACAUAGACGUGGAACAAAAGACAAGAUUUUGAGUCGCGCGUGCGACUCGCAAGAAAACUCUUUUCUAAUUCUACAUAUUAGCAAGAUUCACUUCGGGUAAACAAAGUAUAUACUUGACAAUAAAGAUUUCCGCGAUCGAGAACAUUAUUAAUGAAUAACAUUCCUGGCGGAAAAGAUAAUAACUAAAAAAUAUAGUUCAAUGAUAAUAUAACAAGCAGUAAGUAGUCUUAUAGUCAAAAAAUACUCAGCGUUUUUUCGAAAGUCAUUCGAGGAGACUUUCAUUUUACUGAUUUGUAAGCGUGCUGAUUAAUCAAACGC